GACUGCCCCUCCUGUUCGGCGGCGGGGCAAAAGCAGGUGCGGCGGCGGGUGGCUUGCCGUGGAGGCCGCAGGCGUCAGACCGCAAAGCUUGCUGCGCCGCGGCGAAGGGCAGCGGCCGGCCAGCCGCGAGCGCACGGUGCCGCGGGGCGCGGGCGCACCGCGCUUGCCGGACGGCCCUUCUUCGUUCUCCUCCUCCGACACGGCGGCAACCGGCAAGCCAGCCACUCUUCGGGACUACAGCAUGCCGGCAACUGAGUUGUGAAUUUGAAGAGCUGAAAGAUUCAUAUCUCCAAUGCUCCUGUGGCGGCAGCCCAGAUGCAGUGCUGAAUGGUUCAGGCGCAGCAAGGUUUUCCCCUGGGAAGUUGCUUCUUGCCCCUUCUCCGUAUCCGCUGCUUCAGUCCAGUCAGAUGACUCGAGCGGUGAUGAAAAGCUGAAUUCUGCUCCUGAUAAUGAACCUAUCUGCAAACGACACCGGUCUCUGAGCUCUGACAGUGUUGUGCAGACGCUCCGCUGCCUAAGGAGGAAGCCUGCUGUCGCAUUUGCCUACUUUAAAGAUACACAUAGCCUUGGGUUUCACCAUGACUUCUCAACCUACUCAGAGAUCGUACAAAUUUUAUCCCAUUCAUUCAAGGGGGAGAUGCUGGUAUCCUUGUUCUGUGAGAUUAUAUCGGCAACUGAUGGUGGUGGUCCUGACAUCUUAACACACAUUGAUCACCUCAGAAAAACAUGUGUCACUUCUCAUGUACUCUCAUUUGCAGUCAAUUGCUUAAUCAAGGCAUAUACCACAUGCCACGAUGCACAAGCAACAAUAGAGAAGUUUUGUCACCUUUGCAGGCUUGGAUUUGUCCCAACAGUUUGGGCUUGCAACUUUCUGCUCAAAUUUGUAUCUCAGAGCGGUGAAUCGGAUAUGGUUGUCACAGCUUAUGACCAAAUGAAGUGCUUUCAGUUGAUGCUGGAUGCUUAUUCACUAAAUAUAGUCACUAGGUCGCUUUUUCAAGCAAAGAAGGCUGAUGAAGCAUUCAAAGUGUGGGUUGGGAUGAUAGAAAUGGGAGUGAAACCAGAUGUACAUGGAUACUCGUCCUUUAUAAUUGGUCUUUGUGAUUGUGGAAAGUAUGACCUUGCUUAUAACAUGCUAAGCAGAUAUACUGUUCUACAAGAAAUCACCCAGGAGAGAGUUCCAAUUGAGGCCAUGGCUUAUAACAUGGUAAUUUAUGGACUAUGCAAAGAAAUGAAACUGGAGGAGGCUGAAAAAGUCUUGGAGAACAAGACCAAACAUGGAUCCGCCCCUGAUCGAUAUUGUUAUAGCUAUCUCAUUCAUAGUUAUUGCAAAAUAGGUAACCUAGAAAAGGCAUGGCAUCAUGUUGAAGCUAUGGUGUCCCAUGGCAUUGAGAUAAACUGUCACAUUGUUGGCUAUCUUCUACAGUGCCUCAGGAAAUUAGGCAUGACAUCUGAAGUUAUUGUGUACUUCCAGAAAUUUAGAGAUUUAGGACUCCAUUUUGAUGGUGUGCUUUAUAACAUUGGUAUGGAUGCUUAUUGCAAGCUUGGGAACAUGAAUGAGGCAGUCCAGCUACUGAAUGAAAUGAUGGCUAAAGGUUUGACGCCAGACAAGAUCCACUAUACAUGCCUGAUCCACGGUUACUGUCUCAAAGGAGAAACAGAUAAUGCUUGGCAAGCAUUUGAGCAGAUGCUGAAGGCAAAUAUAAAACCAGAUGUAGUUACAUAUAACAUACUGGCCAGUGGAUAUAGCAGGAACAGUCUUGUUAUGAAGGUUUUUGAUCUUCUAGAGCACAUGAUGGAUCAAGGGCUGGAGCCCAAUUCACUCACCUAUGGUGUGGUUAUUGCUGGUUUUUGUAGAGGAGGCAACCUGAGCGAAGCAGAGGUGUUAUUUAAUAUAGUAGAAGAAAAAGGGAUAGAUAAUAUUGAAGUGAUGUACAGUUCUAUGGUUUGUGGUUAUUUGCAAUCAGGCUGGACUGACCAUGCUUACAUGCUUUUUCUUAGGGUUGCUAGACAAGGAAAUAUGGUGGAUCAAUUUUCAUGUCUAAAAUUGAUAAGUGGCCUUUGUAGAGAUGGAAAAGUCGAAGGGGCUUCAACUGUAUGUAGCAUGAUGCUGGAAAAGGAUAUUGUCCCUGAUGUAAUUUCCUAUAGCAAACUUAUAUCAGCUUAUUGUCAGAUGGGAGAUAUGCGCAGUGCUUGCUUAUGGUUCGAUGAUAUGGUUGAGCGAGGACUUUCUGAUGUCAUUGCAUACACUGCACUGAUGAAUGGUUAUUGCAAGGUUGGGCGGUUGAAAGAAGCAUGUCUUUUGUUUGAUCAAAUGAUAAAUUUUGGAAUCAAGCCUGAUGUAGUUGCAUACACAGUGCUAUUGGAUGUCCACCUAAAGGAGACCCUGUACCGACAGUGGCAGGGAAUUGCUAAGGACACGAGGAGCUUAAUUCUUAGAUCAAAGCAUAAGACGUGGCUGAGCAAUAUGAAAAACAAUGAAAUUGAACCUGAUGUAGCCUAUUACACAGUAUUGAUUGAUGGACAGUGCAAAGCAGCAUAUUUAGAUGAAGCCAGGGAAUUGUUCGAUGAGAUGUUAGCAAAAGGACUUACUCCUGAUGUUUACACAUACACAUCUCUUAUAAAUGGAUACUGCAGCCAGGGAGAAACAGCUAAGGCUGAAGAUCUUUUACAAGAAAUGAUGGAUAAGGGAAUGAAGCCAGAUGCACUCACUUUUUCAGUAUUCAAUCAGAGAACCGUGAGAGGUUGAAAGGUUCAUUCAUAUUUAUGAUGUACCAGUUGUUGUGCAUUGAUGAAUGGCUGAAGAGAUCAUGCCAGCAUAAAGGCUGUUGUGUUCUGAGAAUCCUACCAGAUUAGGUUACCAUUGAUUAGUGGGCUUAUGUCUGUCAGGAAGGCAGACACCUGGAGCGCGGGAAGACUGCCCUCUCAGCACAGCUUUGGGUCUUCAAGGAGAACGAAAUGCUGGUACUUUCAGCGUCAGGACCAAUGACUACCAAUGGUGCUGUGCACAUGCCAUCGUGGCAAAGCCUGCUGUGGCAGCUGCGCCAACUAUGAGGUUUUACCGGACCAUUUUGUGCCCGGGACUAGUGCUGUGUUCCCACAACCAAGAGGGGAAGUUGAAAGAGGUAAGCUCUCCAGGGUCCUGGUCCCAGGCCAUGGGGAGCUCUCGAUGCCCCUGAGUCCAUGCUGCGCCACAUUCACGUUUUGAUGAGGUGAUCCCAACUGUUUGAGCCCUGCAUCCGGGAAAGAGCAAGGCGGUUGCUGUUGGGUUGCGCUCUUGAGGCCGUCUCUUGCUGAAACACUGAUGCACGCUUGUGCAGGUUACUUAUCCUUUUGAUUCCAUCAGUGGCUGACAGACUUAAGCUAGCUGGGGAAUUGAAGGAACCCCUGUGAAAUUGUGAGGGCGUAGAGUUUGAAUGGCCUAACUGUGGGGCUGGUAUAUUUUGGCCACAAUAGCAUUUUUUUUUUCUGUUCUGCCGUCCCAUUGGAGCUGUAUGUCUUUGCAUCUGUGUCGCCUUUGUAGAUGAAUUAGACAGGAUUUGUAAAGUUACACACAGUACAUGCAGCCAAUAAUCUGUUGGUACGCAUUGUCAAAGCAUUUUGUUUCUGCACUGCAGGUUCCCAGUGGCUCAGUUAUAUACAGACACGCGGUCGUCACA